GCGCAAAACGGGGCGAGCUGCCAGGCCGAGAAGACGGCGACCUUCAAGGAGGACGAAGACUGGGUGGAUUACAACGCGAUGGAACUCGCGAGAGCUCGGCACUGCCCCGAGGCGUGGCCCGGGCUCAAGGAAGAGCGGUUCCGUCUUCGCAAGGGUACCAAGGGCUUCGCCGUGAGCAGCGUCGACGGCGAGGCGGCCGAGACGCUCGCGGCGAACGCCGCCCUGCAGGCCGUGGAGCAGGGGGGCCGAGGGGGGGCAGCCAAGCCGCAGCAGGCUCACCCGAAGGGCGGGGCGAAGAAGCGGCCAGCGGCAGCGCGGAAGAGGCCGGCGGCAGCGGGCGAGGGGGAGGACGAGGAGGAGGUCGAGGACGAGGCCAAGGGGGCCCGCGCCCGCGACGACAGCGAGGACGGCGAAAGGGAGAGCAGCCAGGAGACGAACGAGUCCGACCUGGAGGGCGCCGCGGGCGGCUCGAGCAAGCGGAGGCCGGCUGCGGCCGACAGGAAGCCUGCCGCGGCCGACGAGAAGCCUGCCGCGGCCGACAGGAGCCCGAGCUUGGAGGCGGAGGAGGAUUCUGUGAAGGGGAAAGCCUGGGUUGUCAUAUGGUAUAAGGCAGGCGAGAAGGAGAAGGCGGCCGUGGCGAUCCGCCGGGCGCAGAUGCGGGAGAUGGCAACGGACAUGGUCAGCAGGCUGUGCAUGCGGGAGAUCACGGAAGCGACCGUGAAAGCGCGAGGCGAGGAGCUCCUGCGCGACAAGUUCGGACUGGCGGCGGCGGCGUGA